AUGGCCAUCGACUUUGUCUUGUCGCAUAUCGCUGAUUUUGGUGGUGACCCUGGAAAUGUUACUCUCGCAGGUGAGAGCGCUGGUGCUGUCUAUUGUCAUGCUCACAUGGCCAUAGGCUCCCCGGUACGACAAUGCAUUCUUCAAUCUGGCUCUCUUUAUCUUUCACCCCCUCAACCUCGAACGAAUGGGAGUGUUGUUAUUGGCAGGCUUGAAGGCGCCUUGUCUAAUCUCGGGAAAUGGACAAUGCGCGAUGCGCCGGUCCAGAAGUUGCUAGAAGCUCAAGCAGAACUUGGGCUCGUGUCCUUCUUCCUUCAAGCCGAAGAGCCGCUUGAUGGAUGGGAAACUAAACACGGGUCGGUAGAAAGGCUUCUUAUUGGGGAUACGGAGUAUGAGGCUGUUCUAUGGCACAAUGGGAUGCAAGAGCUGUCCGCACCUCAAAUUGCCGAGGCCUUCGAACUCGCAGGAAGUGCCAGCGCGGAUCUGUCCAGGCUGUAUGGAAUCGUGAAGGAUCGACCUUCUGCAUGCAAAUAUGGUGCAUUGGACUUUCUAAAUGACGCAAGAUUCGUAUUACCAGUUGAGAUGAUGACGGAAACCUGGCAGGAGGCCAAAUGUCCAGUGUUCCGCUUUCUGGUGGACCAGCCUAAUCCUUGGCAGUCUUCGAGUCGAGCUCAUCACGCCGUUGACCUUCUCUAUGUGUUUGGUGCGUUUGACUUGUCCUUUAACCCUGCGGCACAGGCGGUGUCCAUCGAGAUGCAGAAGAAAUGGAUCGAGUUCAUUCAGGGGCAAAACCCAUGGCAGCCCGGCGGUUACUGGACGUUUGGACCUCAUGGAGAAAGCCAAAGCAUUGAUGAUAAGGGAUUUGCAGCGAGGAGAAGGAAUCGUCACCUGGAUGCACUCAAGAGUCUCGGACCAGAAGUCAUUGAUCCAGUGUACAAAGCGCUGGCGGCUGGACGUUUAAGCCUUUUGAAUUAA